GGUCACACGGUAUCAAGGUGCAGUAGCCCCUUUUAUUGUAGGACCUGUCAAUUCAUCAUACGCUCCUCCAUAUCCAGGCAGCUCCACCAAAAGCAACUAAUUCGUAUCCCACAGAUAACAUUGCAUCAACUUCUGCCCAAGCCCAAGCCAGAAGCGAAUCUAUAAGGGCAGUAAACAACGUUCAAGCUUGCUUCGCUAAUACGAGAAAAGGGGUUCUAUUAGGAACAGCGCGUGUUAAUAUAUAUUUCCAGAAUAGUAACUUUUCAGCCCGCGCACUAAUAGACUCCGGCUCAGAAGCCUCUUUUAUAACAGAAAGCCUUAAACGUAAAAUCAACCUGCCAUCCAAAAGAAUCCGUUCCCAGGUAUCAGGCAUCAACAACACUGUGUACUUUUAGCGGACAAGAACUUCUUCAAAAAUGAAAAAGUUGAUCUUAUCCUGGGCGGCGAUAUUUAUGCCCAGAUAAUAUUAGAUGGUAUCAAAAGGACAGGAACUCUACUAGCCCAAGAAACCGUCUUCGGCUGGAUAGUAACUGGCCAGACGAAGCCGAUAUCCCCAACCACUAAAUACGCAUCGUUCUUUAAUGCGGUCUCUCUAAACAGACAGCUUACUAACUCAGAAGGCGACCCAAGACCCAAAAUUCACAAAAUAGGCAAACAUUUUUGUAUACCAACGCCAAAAGCAAGGCGAUUUUUGGCGUCCAAUUCUUGGGGCGGGGGAGGGACUGACGCUACCCUUCGUAAUAGGUCCUCAAACAGAAAAGGCACACAUGGAAGUGUGAACAUACACUCCUAUCUAUUCACGAGAACACCACCAAUCACCUCGUCCUACAUGACCUAGAGAGAGCGAAAGUGGGGGCGCAGCGGAACAACAUCCUCGUAUGAGCUACCAUGUCAAAGCAAGAAAAGUUGAAAACUGGAUCCGCGGAUAGUUGGUUUGAAGGAUGGUUUAGUCGCCAAAAGAUGAAAAGCAAUAGUAGUAAUGCCACCAUGCCUGUUAAAUCAAAUAUAAUAGAUAAUAAUGAAGUCAUUGACCUGCAAGAGCUUGAAAAUAAAAUUCGAGCCUUAAGCGCCUCCGAAAUAGAUUCGAAAUUUCUGGAAAUUCUUGAAGAUAUGAAUAUUCCGAAAGAUAAACGUGAACCACUUCUAAUGAAAACGCUGGCUGAAAAGCGCAAAAUGAUAUUUAUGCACCUAAAAGGCAAAACAGCUAACGAAAACCGUUCAAGUUCACGAUUUGAAAAACCGUAUGAUUACAUAGAAUACAUGCGUAACAAAGAGCACAGUGAAAAUAAAAUCUACCUGUGCCUUGAGAGUUUGCGGGUAGCACUUACAAGCAAUCCCAUUUCGUGGAUAAAGGAGUUCGGAGAAGAUGGUAUAAAUGAAAUUGUUUUAUUAUUAAGACGCUCCUUCAAAGAGCGUGGUUUCGAUAGAAUUGAGUUUGAGUGUAUUCGCUGCUUGAAAGCUGUAAUGAACAAUACAUGGGGCUUGAAUUUAGUGUUAACGCCUGAGCUGCACACAGUUGUCCUGUUAUUAGCGCAGUCAUUAAAUCCCCGAAAACCACAUACAAUGUGCGAAGCUUUGAAGUUACUGGCAUCAUUUUGUAUUGUCCCGGAACGUGAUGGCUAUGAUAAAGUACUGAGGGCGAUUACUACCGCCGCAUCGAACAAAUAUAAAACGAGUGAACGUUUUAGGCCAAUCGUUGAUGCUUUAUUCGUUGAAGAAAAAAGUGACACAAAGAAAGAUUUAACCUGCCAUAGUCUUAUAUUUAUUAAUACAUUAACAAACACGCCCAGUGACUUAAACUUUCGUCUACACUUACGCUGUGAAAUAAUGAGAAUGGGACUUUAUGAAAGAUUUGAUCAGUUUAAAGACAUCGUUUCAAAAAGUAAUAACGAUGCUUUGAAACAACAUUUUAAAAUUUUUAACGAAAUACGAGAAGAUGAUUUCGAAGAGUUUACCCAAAGAUUUGAGAACGUAAGCUUUAACAUGGACGAUAUGACGGACUGUUUUGAUGUACUUAAAAAUCUUGUAACAGAUACCAGCUCCGAACCAUAUUUCUUGUCAAUACUCCAGCAUUUACUAUAUAUAAGAGAUGAUUUUUACUUUCGUCCGGCAUACUAUCAACUAAUUGAAGAAUGCAUACAACAAAUAGUUUUACAUAAGGGCUAUUGCGAUCCAAACUUCGAAAAUCGUACGUUUAACAUUGAUACGUCCCUUAUUUUAGAUGAUAUAGUUGAGAAGGUGAAAGCUAAAGAGAUAAGGCGUUCUGAGGAGUAUGAAAAGAAAAUAGAGGAAUUAGAAAUUUCAAAACAAGAAGCUGAAGCCAAGGUAGUACAUUUGGAAGAACAAAUAAAACUACUAAUGACUACUGAAGCUGUAAAAUCCAGCAGUAAUGUGCUGAAGUCAGCCAGUCCAUCUUCUGGAAGUGUAGCUGCAAAGACAGCAUUUGUACCACCACCACCACCUCCGCCGCCACCAAUUGUAGAAGCAUUUACUACAAAUAACAUUGUAAGAAUGCCGCCACCUCCGCCGAUGCCAAACCUUGGCCCACCACCACCACCACCACCACCGCCGCCAAAGUUGGGAUCGGUACCAUUACCCGAGGCGAAAUUUGGAAAUACUUUGGCUUGUUUCGUUCAAGAACUUCCUAUGGGUUUAAAACCGAAAAAAAAAUGGGAAGUUGGAAACCCUAUGAAAAGAAUUAAUUGGAAAGUAAUAGUACCCCAUUCUAUGUCUGAGAAAGCAUUUUGGCUUAGCUGUCAGGAAGACCGCUUAGCAUCGGACCAAUUUCUUUCUGAACUUGCUGAAAGAUUUUCCUCAAAACCUAUUAAAAAGGAUCAAAAAGAUUCUGUCGAUAAGGCAAACACUUUAGUUAAAAAAAAUAUUAACUUACGGGUACUGGAUUCAAAAUCAGCUCAAAACUUGGCAAUAUUACUUGGUGGUCCAUUAAAACACUUAUCAUAUGAGCAAAUUAAAAUUUGCCUAUUGCGCUGCGAUACAGAUAUAUUAUCCUCCACCAUUUUACAGAAUUUGAUCCAGUAUUUACCUCCGCCAGAUCAGUUGAAAAAACUCCUUGAUAUAAAAACCACGGGGGAUCCCUUAUCACCAGUUGAACUCUUUGCCGCAACCAUUGGAGAAAUAAAGAGACUGGUGCCUCGUCUUCACAAUCUUAAUUUCAAAUUGAUUUAUGCUGAUCUAAUUCAAGACAUUAAACCCGAUAUUGUUGCAGGAACAGCAGCUUGUGAAGAAGUUCGAUACAGCAAAAAAUUUGCCAAAAUUUUAGAACUAAUUUUACUUAUAGGAAAUUAUUUAAAUUCCGGAUCAAGGAGCGAAGCUGCGUUUGGAUUUGAAAUGUCUUAUCUUGCAAAGCUCUCCAAUACUAAAGAUAUUGAUAACAAACACACUCUCCUACAUUAUUUGGUAAAACUUUUAGAAACUGAUUUUCCUGAUAUAUUAGAUUUUUAUACAGACCUGACGCAUAUCGAUAAAGCUUCUCGAGUAAAUCUAGACUCAAUACAGAGAUCUAUGCGUCAGAUGACUACGGCAAUAAAAAGUUUAGAAAUAGAUUUACAAAACAAUAAAGCACCUCAAUCCGACGAAGAUAAAUUCAACGAAGUAAUGGGAAAAUUUUCAUACGAAUGUCGGCAACAGAUUGAUGUAUUAGGAAAAAUGCAAAUACAAAUGGAAAAUCUGUACAAGGAAUUGGGAGAAUAUUUUGCCUUUGACUACAACAAAUAUCCUAUGGAGGAAUUUUUCACUGACCUUAAAGCCUUUAAGGAUGCGUUUUUGCAAGCAUAUCAAGAUAAUGUUCACCAACGCGAAGAGGAAAAUAAAAAGCGAAGACUACAGGAUGCACGAGAGCAAUCACUGCGCGAGCAAUUGGAGCGACAACAACUUAAAUUAGCGCUCGUUGACAUGGACUCUACACAAACCCAAGAAGGUGUUAUGGAUAGUUUAUUGGAAGCUUUGCAAACAGGAACUGCUUUUGGAAAUCGAAAUCAAAGGCAAAGACGACCGAGACCUUCGGGUGCAGAAAGACGUGCCCAACUGAGCAGAAGUCGCUCUAGGACACGUGUUGGUACAGGUGCCUUUGUGUCUUGUGAAACGAUCUCAGCAGAUAACUUCAUGCAAAAAAAACGUUAAUACGAACCAACAAUUUAAACACAAGUAUAUCUACAUAUGAGGAGUCCUAUAACAAAUAAAAACGCAAUUGUUCCACUCGAGUAGCUUAUUAGAUACAACAUUCAAAUAGGUUUCUUAUAGCUCCUGAACUCUCCAUUUUUUAUUAAAAUAAAUGUUAUUUUCAUAGUUUAUGCACUUAUCUAAGUAUUAAUAGCUUGACUAUUUUCAUCCGAUUUUAAAAACAAUAUUUUUUUAAGAGGAUUUAGGUACCUUUAAAGUGAUUAAAUAAAAUAAUAUAAUAAAAUAAAUAGUAUAAUAAAAAUAAUAAAAAUAACUAAAAUAAUUAUUGUUAGACUUAGGUUGUUAGGAGUUUUUCAUCCGAUAAAUUUAAAAACCCCCUAUUUUUGUAAUUUUUUCAACUUGACCAUCGCUAAUUUUAUGAAAGUUUCCAAAUAUGUAGUAUUUACCAAAAACUACGUUCUUUUUCGAAAAAGGGUUUUCAUUAACCCAGAUAUGCCCAUUCGUCGUACAUUACCUUUUCAACGGGUUUUGCGAUUAUAUUCAUCUAAACUUAUGAUAAAAAGACGGGGUUUGGUAAUGAUUUAAAAAUAAAAAUUUGGAAACAUAUUAUAAAGCUGUCCUAUAUAUAGGACAUUGGGCACAUGACAUAUUAUCAACUUUGUCUGAGUUAUUUGAUGUGAUCUGUGACAAUACAUUUGACAUGUAAUCCAAUGUUAAAUUUUUGGCAUCUUACUAACUUUGUCUGAGUUAUUUGAUGUGAUCUGUGACAAUACAUUUGACAUGUAAUCCAAUGUUAAAUUUUUGGCAUCUUAUUGUGGUUUUCUGAUGACAAGCGCCACAUCUGGGCCCAAUUCUUUGUUGGAUCUAUGCGUAAACCUUCCUUUUUUUAUUUUGGGCGAGUUAAGCUGUCGUAAUUCUUCUCCUGAAAGGUAAGGGAUCCAUUGUUUAUGAGUCUGCCAGGCAUUUCGUACCGCCAUUUCCACAAAGUUAGUUAUUAGGGGAAAACACUAUUUCUUACUUCGCAUAGCACUGUGGUAGACGCUAAUAUUUUGGUCCGAACGAUCGAUGCUUUUAUUACAAUAUUUUACGAUACGAGUUUGCUCUUGUUAGGAGUAUCGCUUGUUGAAACUUAUGGGAUUUACUCCGAUUGCAUGCGAUUCUUAGACAAUGGUAUGUCACUACCGGGAUCCCAUUGAUCAUCAAAACCGGUUUCCGAAAAGACUUCAACGCUCCUUUUCAUCUGCGAAACUGGAUAAUUAUUUAUACCGACAUAAUUCUCGUCGACAGAAACCUCCUCGGUAAUGUCUGCAGGUGCAUUUUUUCUGGAAAUAAUGCUAUGCUAUCGAAAUCUAUAUUUUCAUCCUCUAAAAGAGCCAAAGAUUCAUGCAGAGAAAAUCCUCUGUAGGAAAUUUAUAGUAUAUUAUAUGCCCAAUGUCCUACAUGUAGGACACCACCAUUUUUGCUAAUACAAAAGUAAUAUAACAACAAUAAAAACAAAUUCCCCAAUCAUAAAACAAUCGAAGAAUAUGUCGUAUAUACGAAAACAAAAAAAAACGUUAAUUUUUUAUAUUUGAAUAAGCAAAUUUUUACUUACCGUGCAACGUUAGCACCAUAUACCGAAACUUUGGAAAACUUGCAACUUUGUAAAUCAAUUACAUAGAAAUUUUGGUAAAAAAUUACCAACACGUACUGUCACAGGUAGGGAUGACCAAACACUAACUAAAUGAAUAAAAUAAGUGGCUCAUGGAAAAACGUUACUCGUCAUGUAAACUCUUGUGUAGGUGUCCUAUUUAUAGGACAUUGGGCAUAUAAAAAAAUAAAUUGGCCAACCACUUCACAAAUCUGUACCAAAUUGAUUUGGUUGUGAAAAUAAUUUCAAAGUUUUUGUAGGUGCAACUUUAGAGUUAUUGCGUUCUUAAUAAAAAGUAUUUAGUAAAAAAAGAAACACGAAAUUUUAACAUGUUAGUCGGUACUAGUAUGAUAUUUUAAUGUAGUUUGUAAUUACACUGAAAGCGCCUGUUUUUAACCAACAUUCUCCAUCCAUCUUCUUGACGAUUAUCCAAGACAUCAUUGAUGACGUUCAGCAUUUGAAAAUGCUUGAGUUUUUUAAUUUCAUUUGCUUCAACCCUGCUGUGGCUGUGAGAAAUUUCAAAGCCGACAGCAAAGCGAAAGUAAAAAU